GUAUGGGCGGGAGGUUUAGGCGGGGGCCCAUAGACCGGAAAAGAUCAGGUGAGCACAUCGAAGAAACCCUAGUAAUAUCCCAAUAUCGCCAAACCAAGUGCUUCGUGGAGGGAGAAACGUAAAUUCCAGUCAAAAGAAAAAUCUCCCUCUCCGUAGUCCGUCCCAUCGGCCAAAUGCUAAAAAAACAUUGGUCCCAUUCCCAGUCUCAACAAACACGUUUUAUCCUUUUCGACGAUCUAUCCUCUUUUGUCUUGUUUUUCUCCGAAUGAGAUACACAUGCUUGAAUUCAGGAAUAGUAUUCCAAAUGCGGCGAAAGUCACAGCUCGAACAAUCACUACCUACUAAUAUUUUAGCGUUUCCCUUUUGGAGUUGACAGAAAUAUGGCUGCGGAAUCCCAAUCGCAGAAGAAGAGUUACUGUAUCGUCGGAGAUGUAUAUCGUGGUGUCAUGAUUGUACCCAAGGAGUUGGACCUUUCUCCUACCAAGGAUCUCAUGCACCAUCAAAUUAACCUUCAACUCAAGUUCCCUGACGUGGGUCGAGCCUUUACCAAUUUUACCAGGACUAGAGAAGUCGGUGAAUUUCUCAGUGGUGCUUUGGCUGGGGCGAUGACCAAGGCCGUUCUAGCUCCUCUUGAAACCAUCAGGACAAGAAUGGUAGUCGGUGUUGGGUCCAAAAACAUUGGUACAAGUUUUAUUCAGGUUAUUGAGCAGCAGGGUUGGAAAGGGCUGUGGGCUGGUAACACAAUCAACAUGUUACGGAUAAUUCCUACACAGGCAAUUGAACUUGCUACAUUUGAGUGUGUCAAGCGAGCAAUGAAUUCGGCACAAGAGAAAUGGAUCAAUACUGGCAACCCCAAGCUACAGAUUGGUAAUGCUAGCAUGAGCUUUUCUCUCUCAUGGCUGUCGCCAGUUGCUGUUGCUGGUGCUGCUGCUGGAGUUGCAGGCACACUUGCAUGUCAUCCGCUUGAAGUGCUGAAGGAUCGGCUGACUGUGAAUCCUGAGGUCUACCCCAGUCUAUGCAUUGCAGUUCACAAGAUUUACAAGGAGGGUGGAAUUGGAGGCUUGUAUGCUGGACUUGGGCCAACAAUAAUUGGCAUGCUCCCAUAUAGCACUUGUUACUAUUUCAUGUACGAGACAAUGAAGAAAUCAUAUUGCCAAGCACAGAAGAAAAAAUCUCUAAGCCGUGCAGAGAUGCUUCUUAUUGGAGCUUUCUCGGGUUUAACAGCUAGCACUAUCAGUUACCCAUUGGAGGUGGCAAGAAAGCGGCUAAUGGUGGGUGCUUUGCAUGGUAAAUGUCCACCUCACAUGGUGGCAGCACUUUCAGAAGUCAUUAGGGAUGAGGGUUUGUUAGGCCUUUAUAGAGGCUGGGGUGCGAGUUGCCUAAAAGUAAUGCCAUCAUCAGGCAUUACUUGGAUGUUCUAUGAAGCUUGGAAAGACAUAUUGCUUGCUGAUAGACGUCAUGUGUUACAGUAGACAUAGUAGCACAAGAAAUGAAAUCGUAUUUCCACCCUCCCAUGUGUACAAUGAUUUGACUACUGUAACGUACUCAAGCUGGAAGCUGGCGAUGGUAGGAUGGGUCAACCGUGGUGUCUGUCAUCAUGAGAUUCAUUAUAGCUGUGCAUCCAGAAUUUUUGUUUGCCAUCUUCCCCACUCUUCCGUGUGCACUAAGAAAUUUCUUUAACAUUUCUGUAAACGACAGAACAUGCAUUUAUGAUUACUGCAAGAAUUACAGGCUUUUGCCUUUGUAAUUUCUUCGAGUACUUGUUUCUCAAGGGUCAGUGUUGUGGUACUACUUGGUUUGACCAGAUAAACACUCUUAAGCAUAUCAUGGCAAGGGCAGUCAAGUUUGGAGAAGCAAAUGGGCCAAAGUUUGUUUUAUUCUCCUACAUGUUGAUAAUGGGGACAACGGGGGCUUCUGAUUUUGGUGUACUUGGUUGAUGCUCUGCAGUGUUCAUGUUUUUCUAUUUUUCUUUAUGUUCAUUUGGUUGAUGCUCUAUACGGCACGCAUAAGUUGUGUAAUGGUGCAGAGUACUUUACUUGGUAGAAACUUGUUGAUAAAUUAAUGAGACGGGAAUAUCACAUUACGAUGA